UUUCCAUCAAAUCGAAACAUUAAUAAUUUUCAAAGAAGUUUCCUUAAAUUUCAAAAAUCACAAUGAACUCUCCGAAGAACUCUUGGCAUCCAAUCAACUAACACAAAUAUAUUUCAAUAAAUUUUCAUAUGAUGAAGUCAAAUCUAUUGUAAAUGAUGAAAGAAGUCUAUCAGUUUUUUAUAUGGAACGGUUGUUGCAUGUUUUUCAAAAUACAAUCGAUAUCAGACUUCGUGGAAUGCAUCAUUCAAAAGUUGUAAUAGUUCUGAGAGAACCAACUUCUCUAAUAUUUUUAAAUAUGUUAAAAAAAUGGCUAUGGUCGAAAAAAUUCAGCAAUGUUUUAACUAUCUUCGAAGACUUACUGACCCAUCAACUUCGAAUGUAUUCACUCGAUCCUUAUCCUUCUGCAAAGUGGGUUAAUAGAACAAAUUGCAACGAAACAGGAAAGCUUUAUACCGAAGUGACCAAGGAUUUGAAGAAAUAUUCAAUUCAAACAGUGUUUAUGGAUGAUAUUCCAAAGGCAUUUAAAUAUACAAAAUAUGGGAAAAAAUUACUUGUAGGAAACGAGGCUAAUUACAUUGGAGCAUUUGCAAAAUACAUGAACAUACAACUCAUCCCCAUAUUUCUACCGAACAUGGAUUUAGAAAAGAUUUUUCAAAUCAUCAGUUUUCAUGAUAUGGAGCUUAGUGUUCACACUUUUACCAUGCACUAUUUGGCACAGUCUGGAAAAAGUUAUCCUCUUGACAUUGAACGUUGGUGUAUUAUGGUACCGUUCCGGAAUGAAUUACCGAAAAGUCAACUGGUUUUUAAGACCUUUGAUAUGAAAACUUGGCUUGUUAUUGGAUUGAAUGUAGUUUUUGUUGCGGUUGUUUUGCAAUUUAUCCAUUCAACACCACUCACUGCGGACGCGUUUGGCCAAAAUCUUCUACAAAGUUUGUCCAUAAUGAUGUUCAGUUCAAACCAAAUAAAACGGAUACCAGUGCCCUCUGCAUUUCAUUUUCUGUCAAGAUUUUGUACAACAUUGAUAUUUCGAAACACAAUCGAUACAGUUGACGAUUUAAUAAAAGAAGACCUUCGAAUAAUGAUAAUCGAUUAUGAAACUACGGAAAUCCGGAAGAAAGCAAACUUUGACGAAAAAUUCUUUAAACUUCUGUACCCAAUGCCGUAUUAUGAUGUCGUGGUUCAGAGAAAUAAUUUUAAUAGCAACUUUGCCUAUUCUAUUUCUCAGAGUGAUUGGAUUCAUUUGGAUAAGCAACAGAGCAAACUGAAGAAGCCUCUUUUUCGACUUUCAACAAUUUGUUACGGACGACAUUUAAGGAUGUUUCGACUGCAGUAUGAUUCACAUUUGAAGAAGCAUUUGGAUGAUUUCAUAUUAAGGGUUAAAGAAGGUGGAUUGGAUGUUGCUUGGAAAGAUGAAUCAUUUCGAAUGGCUGUUUCAAUGAAGUAUUCGAGAAUAUUAGUUGAUAAGUCGACUGUUAUUAAACCCUUGAGUUUGGAAUUUUUUGAGAAAGUUUUUAUUGUUUUGUUGGUAGGAAUUGGUUUAAGUGUAAUGUGUUUUAUGAUUGAAGUCUUAUUCAAAAAAGUUGUUAUUUUAAGAUUUUUAUUAAAAAAGAAGUAAAUUAAGCAUUCAAAAGAGUAUAUUUAUUGCAUAUUUAUGAAUGUAUGUUUAGUGAAUAAAUUUAU